AUGGUGAUAGGACAGCAGGCGACCUAUGCAAUAUUCAAGAUUGGAGCCAUACUUGUUCCACUCAACCCCGGAUUCAAUGCUCCCCAAGUGGUUGCAGCUCUAGCACAUCUUCAAGCUUCGCAUCUCAUCAUUGGGGCAGAGACACAUCUUCCUAGGAAGCAGCCACGAGAGAACAUUACUCUCCUCCGACAUAUCUUGCUUGAUCUCCAAGCGACAAAUGUUCAGUCAGUGGUGGUACCCUCUCUGAGACAAAUAGUGCUAGUCGACAACUCUGAUGGGCGGGUAGACGUGUCCAAAGUACGAUCUGUCAGCCUCUACGAUGAUGUUCUGCACUCGAGUAAUACGAUUCGUCCAUUCUCUGCACCUGGAUUGGCUCCGCACGAUAUCAUCAACAUCCAGUUCACAAGCGGCACAACGUCCCUUCCCAAAGCGGCAUGUCUCUCCCACCGGUCAAUUCUUAACAAUGGCGCUAGUAUCGGCGACAGAAUGCUUCUCACAGAGAAAGAUAUCAUCUGUUGUCCCCCUCCUUUAUUUCAUUGCUUCGGCUGCAUCCUCGGCUAUAUGGCAACGGCCACGCACGGUUCCAGCAUCGUUUUCCCUUCAGAAGCCUUUGAUCCGGUAGCAGUUUUGAAAUCUGUGCAAAAAGAGAAGUGCACGGCUCUCUACGGUGUCCCAACCAUGUUUCUUGCCGAGCUUGAGCUUCUCCAAAACGGCACAGUCCCCUACGAGGGCUUUCAGUACUUACGAACAGGCAUAGCAGCAGGUUCAAGCAUUCCAGCUGAGCUGAUGCGGAAGCUUCACAAAGUUCUGAAUCUGACUGAACUCACAAUCUGCUAUGGCAUGACGGAAACUUCUCCCGUAUCCUGUAUGACUACCAUAGAUGACCCGCUUGACAAACGAAUCGAUAGCGUAGGCCGUCUUCUUCCUCAUGUCGAAGCAAAGGUCGUCGAUCCAUCCAUACGCUCUCAGGUCCUCCCCGUGGGCCAACGAGGCGAGCUAGCAGUGUCAGGCUACUUAGUGAUGAAGGAAUACUACGGCGCAGCUGAGCAGACGGCAGAGGUUCUCGCGGCGGAUGGUGAUGGGAAACUGUGGAUGCAUACUGGUGAUGAAGCCGAGAUGGACCAAGAAGGUUACGUCAAGAUCACUGGCAGGAUUAAGGAUAUCAUUAUCCGAGGGGGCGAGAAUGUGCAUCCUCUCGAAGUAGAGAACUGUUUGUUGGCUCAUUCGAAGAUACGUGAAGUCAGUGUUAUUGGCCUCCCAGAUGAGAGGUAUGGGGAGGUCGUAGCUGCCUUCAUCAUCAAGCAAGUUGGGGUGCUGAUUACGGAACAAGAAGUUAGAGAAUGGGUAAAAGAGCGCUUGAGUAAUCAUCUUAUACCAAAGUAUAUCUUCUGGACCGACAACUACCCAAAGACAGCUAGUGGUAAGAUCCAAAAAUUCAAGCUGAAGGAAGAAGGUAUGGGCUUUUUACAGGCUGGACGACGCAUACAAGAACAGGUCAUAUAG